AAGCUGUUUAUGUUUUUUUGCAAGGCCACCCUUUAACUCAGGCUCCUGAUGGCUAUAAUGGGACCAAUUGUCUGAAUGCUGCUGGGAGCAGGCUCCUCUCUUCAGAGAGGCUGUGUUUCAGUCCCUGGAAGGAGGGAGGACAUAAUGGAGCGGCUCAGCGUGCCAGGUAAAAAGGAACAGGACCCCCAUGUCAGUGCUCUAGGAUGGCCAGUGAAGGCUCCAAUAUCCCAAGUCCUGUGGUGCGUCAGAUCGACAAGCAAUUUCUGAUCUGCAGCAUAUGCCUGGACCGUUACAAGAAUCCUAAAGUACUUCCCUGCCUGCACACUUUCUGUGAGAGGUGCCUGCAGAAUUACAUUCCGGCCCACAGCUUAACCCUCUCCUGCCCAGUGUGCCGUCAGACAUCCAUCCUACCAGAGAAAGGGGUUUCUGCUCUUCAGAACAACUUCUUCAUCACCAACCUGAUGGAUGUCCUGCAGCGAAGUCCAGACAAUAGCAUUGAAGAGUCAUCCAUCUUGGAGACUGUCACAGCUGUUGUUGCAGGGAAGCCUCUCUCCUGCCCCAAUCAUGAAGGCAAUCUGAUGGAAUUUUACUGUCAGUCCUGUGAGACAGCCAUGUGCCAGGAAUGUACAGAAGGAGAGCAUGCAGAACACCCCACAGUACCUCUCAAAGAUGUAGUCGAACAACAUAAGGCUUCUCUUCAAGCACAGCUAGAUGCUGUCAACAAAAGGCUGCCUGAGAUAGAUACUGCACUUCACUUCAUUUCUGAAAUUAUACAUCAGCUUACCAACCAAAAGACCAGCAUUGUAGAUGAAAUUCAUUCCACUUUUGAUGAGCUCCAAAAGACUUUGAACGUCCGCAAGAGUGUGCUGCUUAUGGAACUGGAAGUGAAUUAUGGCCUUAAACAUAAAGUCCUGCAGAAUCAGCUUGAUACCCUGCUGGAAGGACAGGAAAAUAUUAAGAGCUGUAGCAACUUUACUGCCCAAGCGCUUAACCAUGGAACUGAGACUGAAGUCUUACUUGUAAAGAAGCAAAUGAGUGACAAGCUGAAUGAACUGGCUGUCCGAGACUUCCCAUUGCAGCCCCGAGAAAAUGAUCAGCUGGACUUCAUAGUGGAAACAGAAGGACUGAAGAAGUCCAUUCAUAAUCUUGGUACUAUUUUAACCACAAAUGCUGUUGCUUCUGAAACAGUGGCCACAGGUGAAGGACUGAAACAGACCAUAAUAGGACAGCCUAUGUCAGUCACCAUCACUACCAAGGACAAAGAUGGUGAGCUGUGUAAAUCUGGGAAUGCUUACCUCACAGCUGAGUUGAGCACUCCUGAUGGUAGUGUGGCAGAUGGAGAAAUACUUGACAAUAAAAAUGGCACUUACGAAUUUUUGUACACUGUCCAGAAAGAAGGGGAUUUUACUCUCUCACUGAGACUUUAUGAGCAGCAUAUUAGGGGCAGCCCUUUCAAACUCAAGGUGAUCCGGUCAGCAGAUGUAUCCCCCACCACUGAAGGAGUUAAGAGGCGUGUUAAGUCUCCAGGCAGUGGCCAUGUGAAACAGAAGGCUGUAAAAAGGCCAGCCAGUAUGUACAGCACUGGCAAAAGGAAAGAGAAUCCCAUUGAAGAUGAUUUGAUCUUCAGAGUAGGUACCAAAGGGAGAAACAAAGGUGAGUUUACAAAUCUUCAGGGAGUAGCUGCAUCUACAAAUGGGAAAAUAUUAAUAGCAGACAGCAAUAACCAGUGUGUGCAGAUAUUUUCUACUGAUGGCCAGUUCAAGAGUCGGUUUGGUAUCCGUGGAAGGUCUCCUGGUCAGUUACAAAGGCCUACAGGAGUGGCAGUGCAUCCCUGUGGUGACAUCAUUAUUGCUGACUAUGAUAAUAAGUGGGUCAGCAUAUUCUCUUCUGAUGGAAAAUUUAAAGCAAAGAUUGGAUCUGGAAAACUUAUGGGACCAAAAGGCGUCUCCGUGGAUCGCAAUGGGCACAUCAUUGUAGUGGACAACAAAGCAUGUUGCGUUUUUAUCUUCCAGCCCAAUGGGAAAAUAGUGGCCAGGUUUGGAAGUCGAGGCAAUGGAGAUAAACAGUUUGCAGGCCCUCAUUUUGCAGCUGUCAACCAUAAUAAUGAAAUAAUUAUUACUGAUUUCCACAAUCACUCUGUUAAGGUGUUUAACCAGGAAGGUGAAUUCAUGUUGAAGUUUGGAUCAAAUGGAGAAGGGAAUGGGCAGUUCAAUGCUCCAACAGGAGUAGCUGUGGAUUCUAAUGGAAACAUCAUUGUAGCAGACUGGGGAAACAGUCGAAUACAGGUGUUUGAUGGCAGUGGGUCCUUUUUAUCGUAUAUAAAUACAUCUGCGGAUCCACUGUAUGGUCCUCAAGGUUUGGCCCUUACUUCAGAUGGUCACGUUGUAGUUGCAGACUCUGGCAAUCACUGCUUCAAAGUUUAUCGAUACUUACAGUAACCACUGGAGCUGGAUCAUGCUGAAGAAGUUACUAGCAUUGGAGGGCCAAUGUAGCUCUUUUUGUGUAGGAUGUCUACUCUUAAAUAUUUCAAUUUUAAUACCGAAGGAAUCUCCAGGUUUUAUUUUUGUUUUAUUUCCAAACCUACUUUGUUUACAUAGGACUUGCACCUCAUAUGUUCCGCACUGAAGGAUUAAUAAAUAAGACCCUGUUCUUCCUCUGCUCCCCCCACCGCUCCAAAUUCACAAAGACAGUGGAAUACUAGAAAUGUGAACUCUGUGGCUUGUAGAUCAGGCACUUAUAUAACUGACUGACUAAUUUUUGUGAAGGCGGAGAAGAAUUUAAAAAGCUACUUUAUUUAAAGGGGUUUAUUCAACAUGUGAAUGGGAGCACUUGUUUGCUUCCACAUUUGAAAGUUGUUAAUUUUAAGCAUUAUUUAACCCAGCAAGAAGUCUGGGAAUCUUCUGGAUCACAUUGUUAUAUUAGAUAUUACACUUGUAACCUUCAGUCUUAGUAACUGUACUACGUAGUUUCUUUUAGUAAUAAAGCGAUAUGGUUAACCCUUCCUGUACUAGCUAUCAGACCUAAAACAUCGUAAUUUUUAGCACUACAAGAAUCAAUGCAAAACUUCCUGUCCUGUGUAAGAUUGAUGUACAUGUUUAUCAAUUUUCUUACUGCUCAAUGUGUUGUAAGAAUUUUCCAGGAAACUGAAACUUCUAAAGCUCUGGAAAUAUACUCUUAUAGGGAUAUAUUACUGCUAACAACUUUGUAGAAUCAAGUUCUUAAUUCAGACAAAUUCAUUAGUAAAUUAGGUUACACAUCAGUUUAGCUAACAUUACAUAUUCAUAUAGUUAUUUGCUAUAGUUAUGAAAAUAAUUCACUUUGUUCAGUUACUUGUUUUCACACUGGGUAGCAAAACACAUGUGCAUCUCAUCAGAGGUCCUAUCUUGUACAACCAAAAGAAGUUUGGUAUUUUAGAGUUUUAAAGGGUUUAGCAAAGUAGGCUUUAAAAAGUCCAAAACAAUUGAGCAUAAAAUAUAUAAAUUGGGGGGAAAUUCUUGCAAGUCUAUAUGUGUGCAAGAUACCUAAAGAGGGAUUUCAAAUAGUUUGGUUGUUUUCCCCACCAUAUGGGUAUAUAGUAUGAGGAUAAAGAAUGAGAAACAUAAAUAAAGGUGAUCUGAUAAGUCAAAAUUACCUAAAAUCCUUCUACGUGAAAGCAUAUGCUAAAAGGAUCUCUCCUUUCCUACUCUCCCCUUCCAAAUGUAAGCCAUGUUGCUUAAGAUUACCAGUUUCACACCAGUAUUUUCAACAUGUUUCCUGUUUGUUUUAUUUCCAUCAACAUGAAAGAGCAUAGAUGUGGAAUUCGUUUGCAUCAGCUGACAAGAAAAACAAGUUUGAUAGGAAGCAAUGUGAGGUCAUGUACUGCCACCAGUCUUAGGCAAGAUGACACAGAGGAUAGUGCGGUUCCAGUGUAUGAGAUAAUCUCGUUUUUGUGCAGUCAGGGUGGCAACUUAUUAUCUGCCAGCCUGAGCUUAUGUGGAGGGUAGAGCCCAAUAUCUUGUUUAAAACAUUUACAUGAUAUAUCCAAUGAGAAAACUUGCAAAACCAACACAGUUAUGUAGCCAGCCCAUGAUAGAGUAGCUAGAGAAAAAAAGCUAAGAUGUUGAUUAGCAAUGUUUGAAUGCUUUUUUAAAUAUGUUAAAGCAACAGAAUAACUUCACACCCUGUUGAAAAUAAUCCUCUUAAAAUGAGUAUCACCAAGCAUCUAAUUGUAUGGAAUCUGGAGAAACAUAGAUGUUUCUGGAAUGGCAAUAGAUAUUAUUAGUCUUGGACAUUAAAAUAAUUUUGAAUAUUUAAAUUCUGUGGGGAAAGGAAUGUCCUAUUUAUCAUUUUAUGUGUAUUUAUUAAUCAUGUAAAACACAAACCUUAAGCUGUCUCAGAAUUGCUACUGAGCUUCUACUGUAAAGGAACUCAAAAACUGUUGAGUAUGUUAUUAUAAUAGACUUGAUUCGAGGGACAUUGUCAAACUCAUCCAGCAUAAAAUUUUAGAUGUCUAUGCUUCUAUAAAAAUGUUCUUGUGAUGAAACAAGAUUUUCACUUGAAUUUUAAAAAGGUACUGAGCCAAAACCUUCAAUGAUCUGAAUAGGGAUUAGGAAUACUGUCCUGUAGGUCUUCUCAUGUUUCUGGUGAAGACCUCUGAUCUUCUAUACUCUUGCUUAUUUUAAUGGAACUUGUGUAGGAGCAGGUCCCAAUGAAUUGUAUAAGGGAAGCAUUAAAAUCUACAUUGUUAACCUGUCACACAGAGAUCAUUUCAUGCAUGCAGACAUGACCAUGCAUUCCUUAAAAUGCUUUCCUAAAAAGUUUCUUAAUUAUAUUAAUAAUAACUUGGUAAUGCUGUAUAUACUACCUUGCCUCAGAUUUGGAUUAUUGCUUCUUUCCUUUUCAGUAAAGCAAACAUGUUGACUGGGUUUAAACCACACAAUAACCAACACUUGAGAGUUAAGUGUGGGUUGUUCUUGAACUGGGGAUUAUCAUCUUGUCUGAACCCAGCUGUGCUAACAAAUCAUGAUUUGUUAACCACAAGUAACAGUUCAUAAGCCAACAAACACCAUGGGUACUCUUCAUGGGUUCUUUGUGGUUAAUAAAGUGUAGUUUGUUUCAACAACAACUCAUAUUUUAGUAACAACCCACUCUAAAUCCACACUAAACCUUCAAGUACUGUUUAUGGUGUUUUCUGAAUGCGCCCUUCCCCUCAAUACCUUAUUGGAACCUGGUUCUUCCUUGAUGAAUUGCUGACUUCGUAACAUCUCUUGGUGAUGGAUACUAUUAUAAACUGGUACUAGUCUGGAGCCCUGUUAAAGUAUAGAUCUUUGCCAGAUGCCAUUGAAAACCCAGCAGCCUUGGUCAGCUGAGUAUAGGACAAAAGCAAGUUUUCUGUAGCAAUGAGUAUUUGAAAAGUAGCUAGCAAUAUUCAGUAUGCUUCUUGCUCACCAGUUUUCAGAUAUUCACUUCUAAAAAACAUUUCUGCCCUAUAUCCAGUUAACUGAUCAAGGAUUGCCAGAAGAACCACCAUUGUAGACAUGUAACAUUUUUUUUAAAAAAUGUUACAUUUCUUUGAAAGAUUGGUCCAGAUGAGUCAUAAGUAUGUUGUUUGCACCCCUAAAUUAAUAUCUAAAGAUGGGUCAUGCAUGUCCAACUCAGCCUUGCUACUCUGCCACAUCCACAGUUACAACCUAAGGCACACCUUGCUUGCAAAUGUAAGCUAGAUUAUCAGUCACGAGUUGUCCCAAGGAUUUUUAUCAAGUCAAGUUUAGGUUUGUAUGAUAGACAUCCCUCUUGCAUCAGGUGAUGCUCAAAGGUGAAGUAAUGAGUGGAAAUAACAUCAUAAGCAGUUUAAGUGCACAUGUGUUUAUUCAAAGCAAGCACUUACUAGAAGUUUAAAAAUACUGUCAAUUCAUUUUUGGAUAAACUCAGCAACUGUAUAUUGAAGGGGUUUUUUAAUUGUAAAAAGAAAACUUAAAAUACUAGGGAAGUUUUUACACUGAUUUAAAGUUUCAGCAAUGUAGCAAAAAUAUAUUGUCUACUGUUGUUGACCUCUGUAAACAUUACAGGGCUUUCAAUUUUACAGUUAAUUUUUCUUUUAUGAUUAAGGAUCUAGUGUUGCCAUAAUUAAAACAAGUGCCCAUUAAGUUAUGCUUGUUGUGUGAGGAAAUGGUGAUGGUGGCUUUUUAUGAAUGACAGCAAGGAACAAAAUGAAAAUGUCUGCUGAAAAUGCUGUUACAGAGAAGCUGUGAUCAUUGAUUUAAAAGGUUUGUGUUUUGGUGAAUGGAUGGACGAAGUUUGUACUGUAGAAUAGGAUAAUUCCAAAAUAGUGGUAGUUUCUGAUGAAUGUACAACACUUAAAUGGAUGUUUGUGAGCAACACGGCCUUAACCCUACUUUCUCCUGCCCCCCCCCCUUUCUUUUUGACAUGGGAAUGUUCCAUAAUGUGCAUUGUGUUGUGUAAUAUCCCUGGGCUAGAAAUGUUUUGUAUGUUGUACUCUUCCAGACUUCGGAAUGAAUGAUUGUUUUGUUUUGUACAUUCCAGCUUUAUAAGCCAGUUUCAUACAUUGUGUAAAGAAUGCUAUAAAGUCUUGCACUUUCUGCAAAUGAUGCUGAAGGAUCUUAGUCAUUGCUUUUUUAAAAUUUCCCAUCACAGUCAUGCACCCUCUCCUGUUUAGAAGAAAUAUAAACUUGUCUAGUUAAGGCUGAGGAUGAAAGCUGUCCAUUGAAGACUGUAUGUAGGUUUAGCUUCAUGUGUGCCAUGGUAUUUUUUAUGCUUUAUCCUUCAAAAGAAAGCUUAAAAAACUUACCUUGUGUUGGAACAACAGGAAAAAUCUAGAGUCAAAUGUGUAUCUUUUAUCAUGCACAACUCCCCAAAAUAAAAUUAAUGAAUAAAA